UCUGAUCCACAGAAACGAUGCCGGAUGCAGUGAAGGCCUCAGCGCCCAAGAAGGGCUCCAAGAAGGCGGUGACCAAGGUCCCCGGUAAGACCGGGAAGAAGAGGAGGAAGAGCCGCAAGGAGAGCUACGCCAUCUACGUGUACAAGGUGCUGAAGCAGGUGCACCCCGACACCGGCAUCUCCUCCAAGGCCAUGGGCAUCAUGAACUCCUUCGUGGGCGACAUCUUCGAGCGCAUCGCCGGGGAGGCCUCCCGCCUGGCUCAGUACAACAAGCGCCGGACCAUCACCUCCAGGGAGAUCCAGACCGCCGUGCGCCUGCUGCUGCCCGGGGAGCUGGCCAAGCACGCCGUGUCCGAGGGCACCAAGGCCGUGACCAAGUACACCAGCUCCAAGUAAACUGCGGGACACCGCUUCCACCCAACGGCUCUUUUAAGAGCCACACACCGGCUCCAUGGAGACAAACGGUCCUGAUGGUUCAAUGUCCACACUCACACACUCACCACGUUUCAGAGUGAGUCUCGUGUCACAGACUCAAAGGACUCGUCCUGAAUCUGGAGACUUUACAAUAAGUCAAUGAACCAUAUUCAAUCUGAACUAAUGAUUCAUAACAUUCAUGUUCCGAGUCAGGUCGAGUUCAUUAAUCAUUAAAUCAAACAACUUCAAGAUUUCACGACACGUUAACGUUUCUUUAUCUAAAGAAUCAUAAACUCCACAUCACGUGUUUCAUCUUCUCCGUUAUGGGACCAACGAGUUUAUUUUAUUUAUCUUUUGAUUUCAGAAGAUAACGAGCCGCUGCUUUUCCCGCGUUUGAGCCGUUUUUCAAAACUCGCGCUUUUUGUUGACGUCACCAGGUCAGCUGAUCAUAAACCAACGGCUCUUUAUUCGAAUAGUUUUUGCACAAGUGAAAUAACGAUGGAAACAAAGAGCCUGAAUCUGGAGGCUCGUGAACUAAAUGAUUAAGAAGACGAGACAGUUAUUGAUUCAAUGUUUCGCUGUUGUAAUUAUUCAUUAUUUAGCUGUUUGCAUGUUAUUAUAGAAACUACUCGUCUGAGUUUCCAUCCAUUCACAUUGAACAUGUUCAGUUCAUGUAUUACUGAAGUGUGA